CUCGUUAAACGUGCGCGCGACCCUUCAACCGUUGCAGCUGCACGGCACGCCGCAGCUCGGCUUGAGGCGAAAGGUAGGAAGGAGGAGACCGGGAGGGGAGGGAAAUGGCGAACUGCCACCGGCGACGACGGUGCGCCUGUUGAGGAGCUACACGAGGACACACGCUCGCGUCCGGCCAGCCGUCAUGGACGACUCGGAGCCCGCAGAGGACGGCCUGCUCGCGGGUUUGCGCUGGAACCGGAGCGCGCGGGACCAAGCUCAGCUCAAGCACAAAAUCCGGGACCUGCCGGGACUACUAAAACACGGGCUGCACCUGCGGAAGAAAAGCCAAUCACCUGACACAAUCCCCGGACCAAGUGCUGGGCCGACGGUAAAUAAGUCAUGCUCCCAGAGUUUUCCCUGCGCUGGCCGUGCUGUGAGAAAUGGUUUCCUUUCCCAUGGACCAUACCCAGCUAAAGACAAGAUACACUUGGCCAGAAUCAUACGGCGCAGUUAUGUGGGCGUGGAGCUGGUGCAGUGGCUGUGUGAGCAAUGUGUGUACGUGCGUUGUCGGACCACCGCUGUGCGCGUCUGGCAGGUGCUGCUGGAGCUGGGCGUCCUCCUGUCCGUGGACCAGCGAGUCGUCUUCUCGGACUCCAACACUUACUACCAGUUCAGUUUUGAGGAGUGCGACUCGAGCUCCUGUGAGUUUCGUGCCAAUGAAGGGGAUUGGCCGGAGGCUGUUAGGCUCCUCCUACAACUUGCGCCCUACGUUCAGUUUCGCUCCGGAGACGGACCCAGCAGCCCGUCAGAAGAGGACUCUGAGGGAAACCGGGAUGUCUGCAGUGAGAUCCUCCAGAUGAGAGCACUCGAAAGGCUCACUUCUACAGUUCAAAAUGAGUUGGCUGCUGCUCUUGCCCGGAAGACGCGCAAAGCUUUAUCAGAGCAGGACUCUGACAUGCCGGAGACGAGCCAGCAGGACGUCCACUCACCGAGCGUGGAGUCCAGCCCGCUGGGCGGCGUGUGUGCUCUGCGAGGCGGCGGCGGCAACGGCGGCAACGGCGGCGGCUCUGUGUGCGGCCGUGAGGAGCUGACCAGCCGACUGGGCUUGGAGGCCGUUCAGCGUCUGGCCAAGGAUGGCUGCAGGCUUCUGCAGAACCACAACUACCGGUUACCUGACAGGAACCAAGCGGAGGUGGUCGGCCGGGUUUGUCUGAAGGAGCGAGGACGGGACGUUUUGGUGCUGCAAAGGGUGACAUCGUCACUGACGUCGCCAUCGGAACGGCCCUCGCCUACGUCGUCGGGGGGCGGGUCCAGAGAAGAAGACAAAAGAUAUGUGGUGGUGUCCGGAACGCCGCUGAAAAUCUUGGAGCAUCUGCUAAGUGACCUGCGAUUAGAUGACCAAAGAGGGACCCCUGAGAGCACCGAGAGCGAAAUGCUGUUGGAUGACUUCCUGUUAACCUACCUGGUCUUCAUGUCCACCUCUGACCUCUGUCAGGCUCUUCUGGGACACUAUAGCAGUGCACGCAGCAGGGGCCAGGAGGAGGGCAAGGAUACCCUCUUCAGGAAGCGCAAGGUUCUGCAGUUGGUGUCACACUGGAGCCGUCUCUACAAGGACUUCCUCAAGGAGGAGGAGCAUGUUCGGGGUUUCAUGAAGACUCUUUACAGGUGUGUCCUAGAAGAUCUGUACGAGUUCCCGACGCUUGAGAAAGACCUCAAAGAGUUCCAGAAGCUUCUGCGUCGUAGACACACAGUGGAUGACUGUCCACCAAACCAAAAGAGCAAACAAAUGCACCAGCAGUUGAGUUUGAAGGAAAACUGUUUGCAACUUCGCAGUCCACAAUGUGAGAUAAGAGAAGUUAUUUGCUGCGUUUACGUAAGCACCGAUUCCUACCUGAGCGUCCACACGCAUCCCUCGCUGGAGGCCCACGAGCUGCUAAGAAUCGUGAGACUGAAGAUGGACAGGUCAGAAGAGGACAUGGUGCUUGCUGUGGUCUCCCACACUGGAGAGCGCAGGAUGUUACAGCCCAGCGACUGUGUGUAUUCAGAGUCUCUGACCCCGCAGGGCAAGCUUGUCGUCUGUCGCAGAGAUCUGGCUGAGAUCUUGCCUUCUUUAACGGACAGCGCCGAGCUCAGUCGGAGGCCUGUACGCCUUUUGGGGAUCAACACGUGGGACGUGGCCGCGGCUCUCACACACCUGGACUGGACCCUCUUCAAGUCUAUCCACGAGCAAGAGCUGGUCUACUACACCCUGAGGCGCGUUCCCGGCGGGUGCCACACCGCCGCGCUCUCCGUCUUGCUGCAGCGCUGCAACGAGGUCCAGCAGUGGGUCAUGUCUGAAGUCCUCAUGUGCACGUCGCUCAACAAGAGAGUGCAGCUGCUCAAAAAGUUCAUUAAGAUCGCAGCUCAUUGCAAAGCUCAAAGGAAUUUGAACUCCGCUUUCGCCAUCAUCAUGGGCCUCAAUACGGCGGCCGUGAGUCGACUCAACCAAACCUGGGAGAAAUGUCCCGGGAAGUUCAAGAAGCUUUUCGCGGAGUUGGAGCUGAUCACAGAUCCGUCUCUUAACCACAAAGCCUACAGAGAAGCUUUUAAGAGAAUGAAACCUCCAAAGAUCCCUUUUAUGCCCCUACUCUUGAAAGAUAUCACCUUUAUCCACGAGGGCAAUAAGACCUUCCAUGACAACCUGGUGAACUUUGAGAAGUUGCAUAUGAUUGCAGACACCGUUCGAAUGAUUCGACACUGCCAAAGCGACCAAACAGGCAAUGAGGUGAUCGGCGUGGACAGCGCAGAGUUGAGGGCGAGCGUUCACUACCUGCACAUCAUUGACAAUCAGCAGACGCUCUUUGAGCUCUCCCACAAACUAGAACCGCGGGCUUAGUCCCCCCUUCACGGACACAGAGAAGUAGCACGGCACUGUUGCGAUAAGGCAAGCACUGAUAUGUGUGUGACAUUCAAGGACGCUGUACAGCAAACGUCACACACUCACACAUGCACAGUAACUAACCACCAGUAGAGGUGCCAAGUUGACCCACAAGAGAAGGAUGUAAUUACGCUGUACAGUAUCUAUUGGACUAAAUAUGACAUUUAUUUGUGAUGAGCAUUUGGUUAUUUAUGAGCCUGUCAACCAGGUGGAAUGUUUUUUUUUUUGUGCUGUUGCAUCAGUAGGUCAACGGCGACUCGAUGGCCUCGUCAUUUCAGUUACAAAAAAAAAAAAAAAAAAAGCCUAUUGAAGACUUUCAUGUGUUUGCGACCAUAAUUUGCGAUGUCACCUUCAUAUUUUAGGAUAUCGACAAGGUUACAUGUUUGUUCAGGAUCUUGUCACGGCUGCUAGUGUGUUUUGCGCAGAUGUUUAUUUUUGUCGUUUCUCGUGCAAGAGACAAGUCAGUGUUGAAGCAUUCAUCAAACAUACCUCCACAUUUUGACCUUUGGCCACUGAAACGUGUUAAACCGUUAACGCAGGGAGUGCCACUUUAAUAGCGUACAGGAAGACAUUUAAACGCACUGACUGACUUAAACCACAAGUUCUCCUAAAUGCGCGACAACUAUUGUUUGUGCAAUUAUGGGCUUUACUUGUUUCCAUGCAUGCGUCAUGCACUUUUCUCACCGAACUAGGUUCUACGUAUGAAUAGAUAGACUUGACAACAUCAUUACCUGCACAUAUGGACCUAUACAUCAUUUCUGUCAAAUGUCACACGGAGUCCCCUGUGGCACCAAAACACUACAAAAUCUAUUUUUCUCUUAAUUAGAUCAUUGUAUUCCUUUUGAAGCAAGUAUGACUCAUCUCGCAAUUCAACAAGCUUGAUUGAGAGGCCUCUCACCUCGCCUGAUAUUGCUAUGGAAACAACCUUAGCAAAUAACUUCUUUGUUAUCGUCGAGGUGCAGAUUGCUCCGUCAAAUAGGUUUACUCGGUUCAGAUUGACCCACAUAGGAUCAUUUUUGACACUGUUGCAAUUUCAGAGGGACCUGUUUUUGUUGUUCGUCAGCGCAACAUUUUAGAAAGUAGAUGCCUGAUAAGCAAUACGUUCAAUAAUUGUAUCAAAUGUUUUACUGCCUCUGCUAAUAAUGCUUGUUCCAACUCCACUGUCAAACUGGUUUAAAAAGAUGUUUAUCGCACAUCCAAUGUGGUUUUCUUCUUGUGUUGCCAAACUAGGUUACCAAAAGAUUUAAAAUUGGUGCAUUUCUACAGCAAUGCUUGAAUAAAUAAUUUGACUGUUGAUCAAAAUUGAACAAAUUAAUCCUGAUGGAGACUGAAUUUUUGAAACUGCUAUUACAGUCGGUAGAAGGUCUACACACGCCUAUUCAAAUGUUAAGUGCUCUUUAUUUUUGACAAUUGAGAUAAUGCAUUUGCGCAAGUGUGCACACCCUCUUAUGACCAGGUAUGUGGCUCGCUUGAGUAUUAACCAAUUACAAUUAAACCCAUGUUAAAUGAGUCGGCACGCAGCCAACACCAUUUAACAUGAUUUUGAAUGUGAAAUAUUUAUGUUUAUUAAUUAUAAAACUUUGUAUUUGAAGAGGGGGGUGUAGACUUUUUAUGCUGUGCAUUGGACCUCACUAGAUUGUAUUACUGUACCUGAAAUGUCUGAUUGAAAACAUAAAGCAUGUAUUAUCACCAAUAUGUAAAGAUAAUGUUUUGUAUGCGUUUUGGAUAUUUGUAUUUUCAUAGCAAGUCAAAUGGAUGUCAAACAAAUUUUAAUGCCAAAAACAAUUCGAAGACACUUUCCAAAGUUGAAAAAUAACCUGGAACAAGUUGUUAGGUCUUCUCAAGGAUACACUCAAAGGGUCGUGUUGCAAAUAUAAUUUUUGUUCACAUUCAACUGUAGAUAAAACCAUCCAGCAUUAUUUGGGACACAAUGACUUGGGAAGAUACCUUUAGCAUUCUUUGCUGUUGUGUUUCGCUGACUGUAAACUUAGAAAGAGCUUGCGGAGGUAGUUGAUGUAAUUCUUUACAAACACACACUCCACGUGAUGUGUUAAAAUGCAGUUACAUUGUGCUAUUAGUUAUUCCCUAAUACCCUGUUUAUUUAUGGAUUGCUAGUGUGGACAACUGUUAUGCUCAAAAGUUCAGUUCUGAAGGUCCAUAUACUAGUUUAGCCCUCCACCUUUGGCAUACUAGUAGGAGAGUACGAGUUAGGCAAUACUGUGCAACAGUUGACAAUUGCACACUCUUUAUAGUUGUGAAGUGUCCGUUCAUUAGAUUCUGUCAGUAAUAGUCACCUAGUUUUGUCUCACUCGUAACACGUUCUACUUUUAUGUCAAAUUUGUUCGACUAGUAAUGACGAUUACUAUGGACCUGGCAUUCUGAGAGGCGCUGAAACAUUUUAUUGUCGCCACCCGAGGACGCCAGAGGAGCUACACUAGAGAUGAUGGUCCUCUCCUGGAGGCAUUCAAUUCUGUGAAGGGAGAAGGAAGGUCUCCUCAGUGUGACAAUUCGUUUCCCUUAAAGCACCAUUGUUAGAAACCUGUUUGCAUGAUCCAAAAGAGUAAACACAAUCCAAGGGAGGGCAUGUUGAAGGCUUUGUACUUAUGUAAUAUGUGUAAAUUUAUGCCUAUGUACUUUUUAUUUAUUUGUUUCAAAUGGUCAGGCAAAAAAGAAAAGUGAACCACAAAGCAAUACAUUCAUGUACACCUGAUGUUCUGAAGCCACAUGUCUUUUCUAUAGAGGUGUUUUAAAAUGUGGACAUUUUAACUGAAAUUAAUAAAUUAUAGGUUUUAUGUGAAA